GUUUUAUGGCCGGCUGUAGCCGCCUUCCUGAUCCAUGACAGCGGCGGGUGGAUUAACCGGGUCUGGAAACAUGGCCUCCUCGGAACAAGCAGAGCAACCUGGGCAGACCGGCUCUUCUCCUGGAGCUGAGAAUGGAACGUCCCGCGAAGCUAUGAUUGCAACAGCGGUGAAGUUUCUACAGAACCCCAGAGUCCGCCAAAGUCCACUUGCAACUAGAAGAUCAUUUCUGAAGAAGAAAGGACUGACGGAUGAAGAAAUCGACCUGGCCUUCCAGCAGUCAGGCACCGCCAAAGAGGAGCCUCAGCCCCUAACCAUUUCUGCACAGUUGGUGCCAACUCAGCCCCCUCAUCUUGCCCCACACAGUCCCCCCAGCUCCAGAUGGCGGGAUUACGGCGCUCUAGCAAUUAUUAUGGCAGGCAUCACUUUUGGCUUCCACCAGCUCUACAAGAAAUACUUGCUCCCGCUGAUCAUGUGUGGCAAAGAAGACAGGAAACAGCUGCAGAGGAUCGAGGCGAGCGUCUCCGAAAUGAGUGGCAGCGUGACGCAGACAGUGACUCAACUUCAGACUACUUUAGCCUCUGUCCAGGAGCUUCUAAUUCAGCAACAGCAGAAAAUUCAGGAGCUCACCCAAGAACUGGCUUCCUCUAAGGCAACGACAUCCACUAACUGGAUCCUGGAAUCACAGAAUAUCAACGAGCUGAAGUCGGAGAUCUAUUCAUUAAAAGGGCUGCUUCUAAACAGGAGGCAGUUCCCUCCCUCUCCGUCCGCAUCCAAAAUCCCAUCCUGGCAGAUCCCAGUCAAGCCCUCCUCGCCCUCCAACCCCGUCACCAACAACCACAACACCAGCAGCGACAUCUCACCGGUCAGCAAUGAAUCUAACUCCUCCUCUCCCAUCAAAGAGAACCACAGCCCCGAAGGGCCGAAGGUCAGCUGCCACCUGCUGGGCCCUGAGGAAGGGGGCGAGGUGGUGAUCGACCUCAAGGGUCAGGUCAGGAUGGAGGUUCAAGGGGAGGAGGAGAAGCGGGAAGACCAAGGGGACGAGGAGGAGGAGGAGGAGGAGGAAGAGGAGGAGGAGGAUGACGACGAAGACGACGAUGUCAGCCAUGUGGACGAAGAAGAGUGCAUGGUUGUCCAGACGGAGGAUCGGCGAGGCGGUGACGGGCAGAUCAACGAGCAAGUGGAAAAGCUACGGAGGCCCGAGGGAGCUAGCAAUGAGAAUGAAAUUGACUAGUGUGGCUGGGAUGGCGGCUCCUGUUCACCCCCGUACCUCUUGGUUGUGCUCCAUUCCUCGGGCCUCUCCCCAUCCAGUGAUUUCUCCCUGUCUCACCCCUGUGAUUCACCACGAGUAGCGUUAUGACUAUCUAGCGAACUGAGGGGCCUUUUGGCCAACUCAGGCCCGCUUCCUUCCACUUUGCGGUGGCUCCUCUUCUUCUCACUACAGCCAUCCCUCCCUCCUUCCCUUCCUCCUUCCUUCCCAUUGCGCCUUUAAAAGGAGCUUGGUUGCUACUUGGCCUGCACCACAGCCAGCGAUAUGGGCCUCCUUGCUAACGCCACACAGCCACAUAUCAAACUGCAGACCUCCUGUUCCUAACUUCCCCUCCACUUUCUCUGCCGAAUAUCUAACAAGCCAACAUCCCUUCGUGAAAAGAGUGGGGUUGCUGCCUUCUGAGGGAAACCCCCAAUGUCACCAGUGGUGACAUCUGUCCAUCUCUCCUUGGUGACUGUGUCCUCUCCUCCCCGCCCCCCAGUGCAAUCACACUCUCAAAAUCCAACAAAUAUCCCCAUCGUUUUAAGAAAUGCAGGUGUUCUUCUGGGGUUCCUGAAUCACCUUGUUUCCGCCCCAUGCUUCAUUUCUGAAUGAAAGCUUAUCUGCCAGAGGCCCCUGUCUCUCUGCACCCCUCUGUGUCUUGGGAGCAAAAGUAUACGUGCCACCCAGCAUGCUUGUUGACCACUUGAUUUGCUAGGAGGUGGGGAGCCAUUUUGUGAAGGCUUGGGUUGUUGGCCAAGCUUCUUAACACCUCCCCCCCCCCAAAAAAAGUGUCCUGUGCCUGUGGCUUAGCGUGGCUUCUCCCCCCUUUCAUCCCUUACUCCUCUAUUUCUCCCUUUCUUUAUUCGUCAUCGCAUUUCCCAACUGUCCGAAAUGUCUCUUUCAAGCAGGGUAGUUGAAAUGAACUGCCCUGCCCAGGGAGGGGGAGGGAGGAGCAAAGAUUCCAAAUCCGCUGCCUGUUCUCUCUCCUCCUCCGUCCCGCUAUAGGCCUGUGAUAUGGCCUUUGGCUAAGUUGUUGGGUCUGAGCAAAGGGAAAAGGGGAGGCAUUGGCCUCUGAGGUCUGUCAAGCAAAGUUCGCCAUCCAAGGGUCAUGUUUUUUUCUCAGAGCAAAAGGUCAUUGUGAAGGCCUGUCACCUGUGUCCCCCUCUCUCGCCCCCGUCUCUGUCUUCAUGCUCUUGUCCCCCUUACUUUUGCUUUAUUGCAGGGGUGGAGGCGUUGUAGACCUCCAGGUGUCACUGGACUCCAGUUCCCUCCCUCAUCAUCUUCAUCCCUGACUAUGAGCCAUUCUGGGAACUGGGAGUCCAACAUCACCUGGAGGGCCACGCAGGGUUUCCCUGCCUUAUUGAGUGGAGAAAAUGGCAACCAGACCACUGCAUUACAAAAAGAAAAAACCACCCUUCUCUUGCGGAGUUGUUUUCUUGGCUUUUUCAGCAGCAGCAUCCCACUUUCUGUCCACUUUGUAAUUCAAAGAAAGAAAUUCUUUAAAAGAGCCUCGAUUCCUGUAACAUCUUGAACCGCUCACAGCCUCCUCAUCCUCGCCGAGAGGCAAAACUCAAACGUGCUCGUCCGUGUGAUCAUGUAUAGAAUCCACCUAUAAAAUAUGAUUGUAUAUAAUUGUAAUAAAUAUGAGUUACCACUAUUUAA